GACAUUGACAUUUAUUUCAUUUUUCAUUAAUUUUGCGAAAACGUAUAAGGGAACAUAAAGAAACUGGUUUUAUAAAUACCACUGACUAUAUAAAUCGAAUUCAAAUUUAAUUUAAAAAUGUCUAAUUCGUUAAGAUUUACUAAUUUAAUCAACCGACAUUUAAAUCGAACAUUCAGCUCUACUUCUGUUUGCAACACGAAAGCCUGGCGCGUCUCCCAGGGUCUGCCAGUAAACCGUAACGCCGAAGGUAUCUUAACUGAUGGUCCAGACUACACAUUUUUGGACGGGAGACCUACUCCUCUUCUCCAUAAACAGAAGCAAAGGAUGUUAAAACAGCGGGAAUAUGCAUCUCAAAUAGUUCAGAUGAGUGCCGAGCUAGACUUUGCCAAGGACCGGUACCAGAAAAAUCUGCAGACUGCAGCGGCUGAGAGGCAAAAAGUCAUAGACAACAGACUCAAACCAAAAGGAAAAGCCCUGUAUAAGAAAACAACAUAAUGUUACCUAGUUAGAUUUUUAGUUUUAAAUAAAUAAUUGUUAGUUAUU